CUUCAAAUAUUUCGUUACAUGAGCUUGUUCAUGUUUCUUCCGCUUAUUCAAAACAAGCCCGCUUGUCUACGCCCGAAGCAAAAAAAUCUGUUGAUCUUGUGUAUAGUUUGUAGCAAGCCCGACAUUAUAAAAAAGGGAAAGACUUAGCCUUGCGGCAUUUACAGCGGCGUCUAGCUAGUUUAAGCCGCUUCCGUUAAAUUUUUGGAUACUACAGAGGAUUCUUGAGAAAACAGCAAAAUGAGACUCAGCGUCUGUUUGCUGACAAUUUCUUUUCUGAUCGCUGUUUCAUAUGCUGUUCAAAUACUACGUGGUGAAACAUUCGGACAAUUCGAAAGCCCCAACCAUCCAGCACCUUAUGGGAACAACCUAGAAAAGGAAUGGAGAAUUGAAGUGAGAGAUGGAUUCAGAAUAAAACUGAGAUUCAGUGCAUUCGAUUUGGAAGAUUCGUAUGACCCCGAUUUAGGUGGACCAUGUGUCUAUGAUUUCGUUAAGGUUACAGAAGGCGCCAAAGUUAUCGGUAAAUUCUGUGGAAAACCGACUGAGUAUCCAUAUGACGCACCAAGACCAGACAAAUGGUUUUACACCAAGGGAAACACAGCAACUAUAAAGUUUGUAUCUGAUUUUUCAAACGAAGAUAUAACACCAAGUGGUUUUCAAGCACAUUAUGUGGAAGAAGACAUUGACGAGUGUGCCGAAAUGCGAAGAAAGGAACAAUACACCAUGGUAGACUGGGAUGAGCUAAUAACAUGCAACCACUUCUGCCAUAAUGUACCUUCAAGUUAUUAUUGCAGUUGCAGAGCUGGCUUCACUUUGAGUAGUAACGAACAUACUUGUGUAGCUACAUUCUGUGAAAAUCAAGUUCUAACAGCAGACGAGGGAGAAAUAGAAAGCCCUGAAUAUCCUCAGCCAUACGCAAAAUUGAGCCAUUGUACAUGGGAUAUCCACGUGCGAGAUGGACUGAGUGUUCAUUUGACAUUCAACACAGAAUUUGAAGUAGAAGAACACGAUGAAGAAGGCUGUGUGUACGAUAUCCUGAAGCUGACACACAAUGACAGGGAAGAUACUUAUUGUGGAACCGAAGCGCCUGCCGGGGGAGAAGUUAUCGACAUGAACACCAAAGACGUGAAAAUUGAGUUUGAAACUGAUUUAUCUGUGCAGGAAAAAGGCUUCAAAAUAUUCUACAAUACAACAAGAAUCAGAUGUCUCAAAUUACUCAGUAGUCCAUCAAAUGGUGAGAUUAUUCGAGAUUUCUCUAAGGGUUAUCAUGAGUUUGAAGAUGUUGUUAACUAUACUUGCAACAGAGGUUACGAUCUGAUUGGAGAAUCAAGACUGGAAUGUCUAAGUGAUGGAACUUGGAACCAUGAACAACCGACCUGUCGAAUCAAGUCGUGUGGUUUGCCAGAACAUCUAAAAAGCGUCAAAUACAGCCAUAUUGUUAACUUGGCAACAAAGCAAUUCACUUACCUUGAAGAGAUAACAGUGAAAUGUAACGAAUGGUAUGAAAUGACUGCUGGUGCUGCAAGAUGGGUUUGUGAAGAUAGUAAACAGUGGGAAAAAAUUGAUGACUCGGUGGUUGUCCCAAAUCCAGUUGAAAACGAUAUGCCUAAAUGCAGACCAAAAUGCGGAAUCAAAGGAUCUGAAGAUAACAGUUUGCUGGGACAACAGAUUGCUGGUGGAAGGAAAUCACUUCGAAAUGAGUGGCCUUGGUUAGUUUUUCUAAACUUUGGCAGACACAAAGAUCUUGGUGCAGAAAUAAGUAUUUGUGGAGGAAGUUUGAUCAGCCCGAAUUACGUAUUAACGGCAGCGCAUUGCUUGAAUUCUACGGAUUAUCCAGGAGAUGUUAGAUGGGCAAACAGGACUCAUAUAUGGCUUGGAGCACACGACAGAGAUGAAAAGCCUGAUAUCGUAAAGUACGUUGAAGCUGAAACUAUAAUUCUUCACCCUAAAUAUUACAAAUCGAGCACUUGGAACUAUGACGUAGCUCUGAUUCGAAUUCGCGAAACGAUUAUCAUGAGCUCAAAGAUUCGACCAAUAUGUUUACCGUCAACAGACAAGGAAUUUAAGUUGGUUAAUCCAGGAGCUUCUGGAGAAGUGGCUGGUUGGGGACUCUACGACGUUGGAUUCCGACCCGCAGAUGUUCUGAUGCAUGCAGAGUUUCCUAUUGUCAGUCAUUCAGUUUGUUGGGGAAGUUUCGAGUCAAGAACUUUGGAAACAAAAACUGAAUUGCCGAAAAAUCUGGAAUUGACUGAAAAUAUGUUCUGCGCUGGCAAGGACGAUGGAGGACAAAGUACAUGCAAAGGAGAUUCGGGAGGACCCUUUAUGAUGACUAAAAAAGGAUCUUCCAAAUAUUAUGAAGUUGGUCUGGUGUCAUUCGGUAUCGGCAAGAAGUGCGGAAAAAUUGUAUCCUUCACAGGAUAUACGAAGCUUACAGAAGAAAUUGUCAAGUGGAUAAUGAAAAACACAAAUAACUUGGAAUGAGUUUCCGACUCUAAAUAAACAAAAUGUGUUCGUUUACUGGCUUUAUCCCUUUUUUCGCUUGAUGCAGUUCUCUUAUUCACUUUUCGCUUAAUUUCAUGAUAAUAUUGAACAGCUGUUUAAUAACGCAAUCCAAAUUGAACGUUUUAUGUAUCAGAUCGAAAACUGCACAAAAAUUAGAUUUUUUUUCAUUAUUGCCAUUUUUUUGAAACCAAAUAAGUUUUUCAAAGAAUUGUAGGCUUAUUCUUACUUGAUUUUUAGAUACAGCUAAAUGAAACAAAUGUUUUGAAUGAUGUACUAAUACCAAAACCGUAUAUUUUGAGCUAUUGUAGUAACUAACCUCUUAUAUAUAUGUUUUUGCAUUCAAAUUAUAUCGGAGGCAGUUUAACAGAGAUGUGAAGUCAGAGAAAAAUUUACAAUUCCACUCAAACUCGGAGUUGACUCCAAAACCCGAUUGAAAUUUCUGACUCCGACUCUAACUCUAAACUUUCGAGACAAUCAGACUCAAACCAUCUUCUUUGACUUCAACUAUUAUCAUUUAAAAUCUAGAACUUAUAUUCUUUAUAACAGUGAAUUCAAAAUUUUUACUCUGACCAUAAUGAAAACAUGCCUAACUCCGACUCCACAACUCUGAUAUUAUGUAACCUAUAAUAUUUUCUUCUCACUGUUUUCAUACCAUUUAUGAAGCGCGCCAUCUGUUUUUACGUGGCACAUUGUAAUAUACACAAAGCCAGUCGUGAAAAUGUAUAAUAUGUGAAGAAAUAAAACAUUUAAUAUGUUCCAAAACAAAAAUACAUUUACAGUAUGAAACUGA